AUGGCCUUAACAGUUAUAGUAGCCGGCGCGACUGGUGCCGUAGGAAGAACAAUCGUUAAACAGAUCCUAAAUGAGAACAAAUUUUCGGUGGUGGCUCUAACACGAAGGGGACAUAUCGAAUCACUAGUUAGCAACGUACAAUAUGUACAAACAGACUAUGAUGAUCACUUAACACUUAUACAACAACUAGAGCGCCAUGUAUUUGAUCAAAGCUACCGACGAGGUAAGCACGGUAUAAAGGUUUAUAACGAGCGAGUUUGGUUCUUAGAGGCUUCAAAUCUUCUUAAGUAUAGUAAGUUGACCUAUACUCGCCCUGUUUGUGGCGCAUUUAUGGAUUUCCUGGGAAUGCCAUACGCUCGAUCAAAUAUUGCCCUAAUGAAUAUUGUCGUUGAUGUUCUCAAUCGAUAA